CACUGACCAUCCCCAGCUGAUGCUCUACGGCUCCUCAGCUUUUCCUCUGAAAGAAAUGACACUUCUGCACCCCUAGAGGAGGGUAGGAUGGGGGCGGGGAGGUCCCCUGACACGCUCCCUUCUUGACCAGCCUUUGCACACCUCCGACCCACGACCAGAUGCAGUAAGGUGGACAGAAAAAUUCAGCUGUAAACCUGCAAAUUGACCAUGCAUUGAAGAAGAAGCAGCUGCUUGUACUGACUUUCAAUUUCACAUCCUUACAUCUGAUUUGAAGUGACGGUGAGAGGAAGCAUAAGGUGUGUCUCAUUCUGUUUGGACUCCUUGUUUACAGAAGAGUGAUGGAGAUGCUAUUAAGCACAAGAGGGAUCACCAUAUGCCUGUUUUUCUUUGUAUUGAGUUUGGCAGCAGGUAUUGAAAUACCAUUAUCAGUUGCACAGCUUCCAACAAUCAUGGAGCAGUCUCACACCCAGGUUGCCUACCCUUUUGAUGAGGACUUUACAAUCAAAUGUGAAGCUAGAGGAAACCCACCGCCCACCUUCAACUGGACUAAAGAUGGGAAGCCAUUUGAUUUAUUGUCUGACCCAAGGAUAGUUGCAUCUAACAACUCUGGAACGUUUGUGAUUCAAAACCGUGGAAUCAUCACUAAUUUUCAAGGGAAAUAUCGUUGCUAUGCGUCCAAUGUGCUGGGAACUGCUAUGUCAGAAGAAAUCGAGCUAAUUGUUCCAAGUGUACCAAAAUUCCCCAAAGAAAAAAUUGAGCCCCUUGAUGUGGAGCAUGGUGAUUCUGUGAUUUUGCACUGUAACCCUCCAAAAGGCAUCCCACCUUUGCAUAUCUACUGGAUGAAUAUUGAUUUGCAGCACAUUCCGCAAGAUGAAAGGGUCUCCAUGAGCCUGAAGGGAGAUCUCUACUUUGCGAACGUGGAAGAAAAUGACAGUCGAAGUGAUUAUUGUUGCUUUGCAGCAUUUCCAAGACUGAGGACAAUUGUACAGAAAAUGCCAAUGACGCUGAAGGUUUCCCGUUUUAAGCAUGCUAAUGACUCAGGCUCACCUAAAGCUGCGGUUACUAAGGCAAAUUUUAUCAAGGAAAGAAAACCCAAACUGCUGAUCCCUCCUGAAUCUGCUGGCAGUAGCUCAUCAGUCACUGUCAUCAAGGGAGGUGUCCUGCUACUCGAAUGUAUUGCUGAAGGGCUCCCAACUCCUCAUCUAAGCUGGGUCAAAGUCACUGGAAAUUUGCCCAAAGACGAACCGGAAACAGAAAAUUUUGGGAAGGUACUGAAGAUAGAUCAAGUGACUGCAGCUGAUGAAGGAACAUACCAGUGCACAGCAAGCAACCUCAUGGGCAGAGCGAAGCAUGAGUUCCAUGUUCACGUGGAAGAGCCUCCUCGGUGGAUAAAAGAGCCCCAAGGUGGUGUUUACAGCAUUGGAACAAAUCUUGUCCUGUUGUGUGAAGCUAUUGGCAACCCGGAGCCAACCAUUCAGUGGAAGCUAAACGGGAUGCCCAUCGACAGUAGGACAUUCAGAGGGAGAAUCUCCGCCAGAGAGAUCAGCCUUACCAACCUUCAGCUUCAGGACAGUGCUGUGUACCAGUGCGAGGCCAGCAACAAGCACGGCACCAUCCUUGCUAGUGCCAAUGUGAACGUCCUCAAUAUUGCUCCCUUAAUAUUGACCUCCGAUGGUGAAAACUAUGCCACAGUUGUGGGUUACAGUGCCUUCCUGCACUGUGAAAUUUUUGCCUCACCUGCAGCGGAUGUUAGAUGGACUAAGGAUGACAGCGUAGAGCCACUUUCAACAUUACGCUAUGAGCUGAAUAAGAAUGGCACCCUAGAGAUCAAAGAAACAAAGAAAGAAGAUGCAGGGUCGUACGCUUGCUGGGCUUCAAACUCUGUUGGAAAAAGAGCAAUCACUGCUAAUCUGGAUAUAAGAGAUGCUACAAAACUUGUUGUUACUCCAAAGAACCCUCGAGUGUUGAGAUCUCAUUCGGUUUUAUUAAAAUGUCAGUCUGAGUAUGAUUCACACUUGAAACACAGUUUUAAACUGUCCUGGAGGAAAGAUGGUGAUGAGCUGCCAGUCAACAGCACGGAAGAUGGCAGGAUAAUUCUGGACAGGGAUACACUGUUCAUAUCAAGCGUGACACUGGAGGAUCAAGGAUUUUACACCUGUGUGGCUAGCACUUCCCUCGACAGCGUCACAGCCAAAUCUCAGUUAGUUGUUCUUGAUGUUCCUGAUCCACCAGAAGAUCUUCAGCUUUCAGAAAAUCAGAACAGAAGUGUUCGGCUCUCCUGGAGAGCUGGGGCUAGUCAUAACAGCCCUGUUAAUGAGUCAAUUAUAGAGUUUGAAGAGAACCGGUGGGAGCCAGGGACGUGGCAAGAGCUAACCCGAGCCUCGGGGAAUGACACCACCGUCCUUUUGUCACUGGCCCCGUAUAUCAAUUACCAGUUUCGUGUUGUAUCUGUGAAUGCUGUGGGAAGGAGCCAGCCUAGUAAACCAUCACUGCGCUAUGCAACACCUCCAGCUGCCCCAGACAAGAAUCCAGAAAACAUUCGAGUUGAAGCUUCUGAACCAAAUGAAAUGGUGAUGAAAUGGGAGCCAUUGAAACCUGUGGAGAGGAAUGGGCCAGGGCUGGAGUACAAAGUUAGCUGGCGGCAGCGGGGAGUCGAAGCAGACUGGAACGAGGAGGUGGUGAAGAAGCAUUCUCUGACUCUGCGAAACACCCCCACCUUCGUACCUUACGAGAUCAAAGUCCAAGCAGUAAAUAAUUUAGGAUCUGGUCCUGAACCAAACAUUACCAUUGGAUAUUCAGGAGAGGAUGUUCCAGAUGCUGCUCCUUCCGGCGUAUCAGUGGAUGUUGUGAACAGCACACUGGUCAAAGUCUUCUGGUUUGGAAUACCAAGGGACAGAGUUCGUGGACAUUUAAAAGGCUAUAAGGUCAGUUGGUGGAAAACAAAAAGCAUGCUGGAUGGAAAAAGACAUCACCCAGAGAAACACAUCCUAACAUUUGUAGGAGACAGAAACUAUGGGAUGAUUCCUGGUCUAGAGCCCUUCAGUGAAUUCCGCUUAACUGUUUCGGCUUACAACGCCAAAGGAGAUGGACCGGAAAGUUCCCCUGUUGUGUUUGAAACUCCAGAAGGAGUACCCGAACAACCACGAUUUCUAAGGAUCCUGAACUUCGACAAGGAUGCCGUCACUCUGUCAUGGGGGCUUCCCAAGAAAGCAAAUGGCCACCUUACUGGCUAUAUUUUGCAAUACCAGAUGAUAAAUGAAACGCAUGAAAUCGGACCUCUGAACGACGUCAGCGUAACCAACCACUCCACUCUUAGCUGGAGGCUUUCAGACCUCAGCUCCAGUACGAAGUACAAAUUCUAUGUAAAGGCUUGUACAGUCAAAGGCUGUGGGAAGCCGGUCACAGAAGAAGGACUAACAAUGGCUCAAGGGAGUAAAGGGAUCGGGAAGAUUUCAGAAGCAGUAAAGCCCACCCAAAAGUUUCACCCCAUUGAGGCACAUGAGCCUGGAACUGAAUAUACAGUUCGUCUAGUGACUAAGAAUUGGGUUGAUAACAAUAGCAUUUUUGAAGAUGUAAUUGAGACAAGGGGGAGAGCCUAUGCUGGCAUUUACGAUGGAAUUUCCACCCAGGGGUGGUUUAUUGGACUGAUGUGCGCCAUCGCUUUGCUUACCCUACUCCUGCUAACUAUUUGCUUUGUCAGAAGAAAUAAAGGAGGAAAAUAUUCAGUGAAAGAAAAAGAAGAUUUGCAUCCAGAUCCCGAAGCUCAAUCAAUAAAAGAUGAAAUCUUUGGGGAAUAUAGUGACAGCGAUGAAAAGCCACUGAAAGGCAGCCUCCAGUCAAUUAACGGGGACAUUAAAGCCACCGAAAGUGCUGAUAGUCUGGUAGAUUAUGGAGAAGGGGAGCAUGGGAUGUUCAAUGAAGAUGGUUCAUUUAUUGGAGCUUAUUCUGGAUCUAAGGAAAAAGGAUCAGUGGAAAGCACUGGGAGUUCUACGGCAACUUUUCCUCUCCACGCCUAAAAUAUUAGCAAGAAUGGUUUGUGUUUAAUUGUGAUAUUUAUCUUGAUUAGUACUCCACAGUUACCACAUGUGAUUGGAAGCAGGUUGCCAAUUGAGCCAGACAGGAAUCUGACAUCCAGGUAAUAUAAAAAUAAGUCACUGCCACUAAAUGAUGAUUUUCCAUCCUAAUUUCUAGAUGUUUUGUUUUAAUUAAACCAAAACAAAUAAUACUUUACUAUACAAAAUGUCAUAAUCUUACCAAAACAGAAUUUCUCACUGUUACAUCUGUAUAGUUAAUUGCUACUCCAUGUGUUUCUUAAGUUUGGAAUAUGUUUCUCUGUAUAGCACUUUUUUCGUUGUAUAGCAGUUGUCACUUUGUACAUAAAUUUGUGUGUAGUAUUCUCUCAAGUACCACAACCUCAGUAUUACAACACGACAAGAAAAUCAAACUAAAACACCAGAUUGCUCUGCAAAGUGACACAAUACAUCUUACUGAGAAAAAUUAUAAUUUGAAAUACUGGAGAAAUAUAUUCUAUGUAUUGUAUAAUUUCUCAUAAGGAAAUAAACUCCUUUGCUUCUGAUACUAUAAAAUUAUUUUAGUGGUUACAGCUGACUGCAAUUACCAAUACUUAGAGAUGCAACUUUAUCCUCAGAAAAAUAGCUCUUAAAAGAUAAAGCUCUGGCCUUGUGGAUGAAUCUUCUGUCCAGUAGCUGGCACUAUUUCCUUAAAUAAGUUAAGCUGCAGUAACUUUCCUGUGGCAAGGCAAAACAGGGUUCCCAUUCACCAUCAUUAGAAAAUAUUUUAAUUUGUUUUUCUGAUUCUCUGCAAGCUGCAUUUCUAAGAAAAAUGCUUGUUGUCCGUCUCAUAUCUGUAUAUUUGUGCGCUAGCAUACAUUUCAUGGAGAUGUUGUACAUACGAUAUUAAUAUUGGCACAGGUAAAAAUCAGCCUUGUUUUAUUUUGAAAUGAGACAUGUUGGUAGCAUGAGUCUGUAUAGCUGUGUAGAAAUGAAUAGAAUUGCUUCUCAGUAUGAAUUUGGACCAGCAACGCUAGUUUUCAGGAGUUCUGUGUAUACCAGUCAUAUAAACCUUACAUAUUUCUAGUAUUACAUAAAAUAGACCUACCUGAGUUUCAAGAGAUCAUUUAUUUUCAAGCUAUUCAAUGUUAAAAUAAACAACAGCAAAAACAAAGAGAAAUUAUUAUGCCAUAGUUUCUUUUAUAUUUUGUUUACUGAAUGCUGGUUUAAAUCUGAUUCUUUUCUUGCCUCUCCAACACUAACUCAGCAAAGCUGUACAGCGCAUUUUUUUGCUCUUUUGUAUUGGAAUCUCCUGAAUAUCUUUAAAAGCAUAUGUUUAUUUAAGUAGAGAAUCAAUAAGGCUUCAUUUCUUCUUGCAUUUACAAAUGACUGUCACUUCCAUUAUAAUAUUUUUUAAAUAGUUUCUGCAGGAGGGAUAGAUCUAAAAGCCAUUUUGCAUCGUGGUAGUAAUUAGGCAAAUAUCCCUAAUGGCUCCUUCAUGGUCUCCAUCACUUCAGUGGAAGAAAGAGAGAAAGCAAGAAUUAUUCACGUGGUUACGAGUUUCCAGUAAUGGCUACAAUUUUAGAUGCCCAUGGAAAUGCAAGUUGUUAAGAGUGGGAAGGCCAUGGUUUGUACACAGCUCACCUUAUGCUUGGGCUCCUCCCCAGCGCUCAUCAAUUUCUGAAAGCAGAGUAUGGCCUUCGGUGCUCAGUGCUUCUGCAUAUCUGUCCCCCUUUUUUAAAUUUUAAUUGUAGCUUGUAAGGGCUUUUCAUGUAGCCUCUAGUUGGGGAAAGUAAACCCCAAACAGCCAGCCUGAAACCUCCUGUGGUGCCACAUGAGUAUAAAAGGAUGAGAGGAAAUCUGUCCUGAGUCAAAAAUCAUCCCAGGCUAUGUCAGUGAUCCAAGUCAUUCAGUUUUUCUUAUCGGUAAAGUUUAUUAUUUUCUGUAUUUCACACAAGCCAAAUGCUGGAAAAGUCAAAAGUAAUUUUAAUUUUUGGAAAAAAAAGUAAAUCUUCAUUUUAAAACAAAGGGAGUGCGUAAUUGGGGAAAUUUGAAAAUUGGCAUCUCAUCAACAGAGACAUUUCCCACCAGGAUCUUUAUCUGCUGACACUUGCCUGCUGCAGUCCAAACCAGAUAAAAGUGUAAGAACUGAUCAGGUUUGUGACAACCUUUGCUGCAAGCUUUGGGCUGUUUUUAAUGUUUUUCGUUUAGAAAUCAUCUGCACUAGUGCACGAUCAAGGGUCUUUGAAAUAGGAACAAAAUUAGGGAGCAAAAUAGGGGCGGACUGCCCCUCGCUAACCUCCCCCUGCGAGGGUGACAGAACCGUCGCAGCCCCCGAGCCCCUGACCAGGCAGAGCUUUGCACAAACGCCUGUGGGUGAGGCUGGGUGCAAACCAACCACGGUCCCAAUCAUCCAUUUUCUUGUACUUUGGGUUGCUGCAGAUCAGAUUGACUCCUUGUCCCAGAAAAUGCCUGUUAAAAAGACGCAAAUUUCAAAUCAUAUUAGUGAAUGUCAAAUUAUCGAAUAAUGAAUAUAAAUCCCCUGUGCUAUCACUUGCUCUGUUGGCGCUGAGAGAUGUUUAUGACAUUCCUGUGAUGUGCUACUCAUCUGUGCUGGUAUGAAUGCUUUUUCUAUUAAAAUUUUAAUUCAGAUCCUUAAAUCUUAAUGUUGGUGUUUCAUGAUGCCUCAGGGCCUAAAAAUCAUACAGUGACAAAAAGAUGUGCAAUGGAAUUUGUACAGCACGCACUGACUUUUGAGGAAUAUGCCCAAUGAAUACUAAACAAAUGGCUGAGACUCCUGGGGAAUCUCACUCAUCUGAGCUUUUUUCUUUUUCCUAGUCAUUUUUUUAUCUUUAUUUUUCCCCGUUGAGGUUUUGUUUUCUGUUGUAAGGGUACCACUUAUACAGUGUGCCUUGGAAAGUGCAGGACAUGAAUGUUUUUUUUAGAGAUUUGCUUUCAAGAGUAAACUAACAGAGCAAAAUUAGAUUUUCCUGAGCAGUUUUUUGUCAUUGUCAGGACAUUGGCUGCAUUUUUAACUAGGGCAGGCUGUUACAGGUGAGAGGAAGUGUGGCCUUGUAAGCUGAAUAAAAGGUAACACAAUCGUAUCCAAUAACUUUUUUUUUUCACUCUGUCUGGGAGUGUUUGUUAAGAUUAGUUGAUGGAAAUCUGUGAUGUUUUCAUUAAUUAAUACCUACCAGGGAAUGUCAGCCUUCCUGCUGGGAGCAGGGAGACAGGGGCAGUCAGCCUUGUGAGCUUGCAGACCAUGCUAGGUGGGAAAUUAUUAAUUACCCAGUGCCAUGGCUGUCAGUUUAGCUACAUUUGGUUAUGAUGCACCAUUGCAUUUUACUGGCAGUACAAACAUAAGAGGGGAAGUGACACUUUCAAGUUUGAUAUCUCAGUCAACCUGGAAUGCAGUUUAGUCCAGCAAGGAGAAGGCAUUUCCCUGGCCCCAGGAAUCCUGGCUUGCAGAUUUAAGCAACUUCCUCUGGAACAAGGCAGGGAUGGAUAUUUCUCAAAAAGUUGUGGUAUUUUGCCUAUGUAUAAGAUUAUGCAAAUAAAAUUGAGUCCUCUAACUAAUGGGCAAUAUCUGCUGUGUGCCAGCUCCUGUGCAAGUGCAGCAAGGCUUUUGCAUUCACAGAGUAGCAUACCACUGACUCGGUAUGAAUUGUAAUCUCAGACCCAAGUUUUAUAUUAAAAAUAUCAUAUAUAAUAUAAUUGCACAUUCAAGAACUUGUAAGAAUGACCCCAGCUUCAUUCGCUGGCAAAAUUUAGAGUCCUUUUCUCAAGAAAUCUUUGCUCACACUUGACUUUGCUCUUCAGCAAUGAUAAUGGCACAGGGCUGGGUAUUAAAGCCCUUCUAGGGUUGGAUCUUUAGGAACUAAAUCAGAAAAUGACUUUCCCCUCUGGAUCAAAAUGUGUAUGUAUAAUAAUUUUUUCAAAUUCUUCGUUGUAACUCAUGUUUUAAAUUGAUCUAAUUAGCAUAUCAUUUCAUUAUUUAUAUUUAUUCUGUUGUGUUCUUAUUACACAAAUUUUAAAGAGUAGCGCUUUUUCUGAUAUCUACUUCCAUUGACUGAAUGGGUCAGAUCCAGUGCAUGAGAAGUUUUAAUAAAAUUUUUCAGGACAGUAUUAUUUUUAAGAUGAAAACAAAUGCUAGCACAAUCUUUCUAUACAAAAAAGGUAGGUUUUUUAAAACAAUAAUUCCACAUGCAGUUUUGUAAACUAAAGUUAGAAUAACAUUCACUGAUCCUUGCACACUUCUGAAAUGAAAUCUCAUCAUUUUUUAUAGUCAUUAUUUUGCAGAUGAGUGGUAACUCUAGGUUAUUUUACUUACCUGUAAGAACUGAUAUAAAGGAAGGAUAUUCUUCAUGGAGAGAGUAUUUCCUUUGUUUGACAAUGGAUCAAGCCCUCAGCUGCAUCUCUGUUAACUUUUAAUAUUUUAAAAUAAGGCACAUACACCAUGUUGGAGCACCAGUACAUGUUUACAUUGCAGCUCAGUAUCCUUCAUGUAAAAGUUUCAGGUGAUCUGCACUGAUUUGUUCAGUUUUCAGGCAGGAGCCAAGAGGUGGGUUUGAGCCAAAGCAUACUAUCUGUUUUGUUUUUUAUUAUUAUUAUUACAUUAAUCAAGAUACUUUGUAAUUUCAUGAGAAACGAUCGAAGCAAAUGUGGUAUCACCAUUACAAUGUUACUUUUUGAGCUAAAUGUUAGUGUGCACUUAUUAAAGUUUAGAGAAAUGUGUUGUACUGUAGUUGCUGUUUGUAUCAUGCAUAUGUGCACGUAUGGUUUUAAAAGAUAUUUUCAUUUUACAUGAAAUACAACUUUGCUAAUAAAAGUUUGACUUGAUGUAAUCUUCAAAA